UUAAAAAAUGAUUCUGUGGAAAAAGAAUGGGCGUCGAUUUGAUUUUUCGAACGGCAGCUCGUCCUGGCCGUGGCCGGUGCCGCCGCCGCUCUCCGCCGGCCGUCGCUGCGACUGAGGUUUCUUCCACCGGCUCUGCGGCAAGCUUUGUACGGCCUACAAUGGAACGGAGACGUUUUAACGUGCGCUGAUUUGGAUCUGCGGCCGGCAUGAGUUCCCCAGUGCCGCCGUCCUAUGCGGGAGAUAGUGCCGGCGAAUCGGAGAAUUUUGGAGAUCAAGUUAAGGAGUUUUGAGUCUAAGUACUCAACAUGAUGAUAUUCCCAUCUCACCAAUUAAGAAAGUUUACAUACAUCCUCCUAGCGCAAGCCGGGUAAUGCUCCCCGAUGGUAGAUUCUUGGCAUACAAGGAGCAAGGUGUCUCUGCUGACAGAGCUAGAUUUUCAAUGAUCGCUCCUCAUACUUUCCUGUCUUCUCGGCUUGCAGGCAUACCUGGACUUAAGAUUUCACUAUUGGAAGAGUUUGGCAUUCGCUUGUUGACAUAUGAUCUUCCAGGCUAUGGAGAGAGUGAUCCUCAUCCUCAAAGAAACCUUGAAUCGUCAGCAAUGGACAUGUCAUUUUUAGCAAUUGCUUUAGGCGUCAAUGAUAGAUUUUGGGUACUAGGGUAUUCAACUGGGAGCAUGCAUACUUGGGCCGCUCUUAGGUAUAUUCCUGAUAAACUUGCAGGUGCGGCUAUGUUUGCUCCAAUGAUUAAUCCCUAUGAUCCAAGUAUGACUAAGGAGGAAAGACGUCGGACAUGGGAUAAAUGGAGUAGAAAGCGGAAAUUUAUGUACAUUCUAGCUCGAAGGUUUCCGAGGGUUCUCUCUCUGUUCUACCGUAAGAGCUUCCUAUCUGGGAAGCAUGGUCAGAUUGAUAAGUGGUUGGCAUUAUCACUAGGAAAAAGGGAUAGAGCUUUAAUAGAGGAUCCAAUCUAUGAAGAGUUCUGGCAAAGAGACGUGGAAGAAUCAAUCAGGCAAGGUAAUGCAAAACCUUUCAUGGAGGAAGCUGCAUUACUGGUGUCAGAUUGGGGUUUCAGGCUUCACGACCUUAGAUUACAGAAACGAAGAGUAAAAUCCGUGAUUUAUUGGCUCAAGUCUUUGCUAGGUGAUGUCCAAGAGGAAUUUACAGGCUUCCUUGGUCCAAUACAUAUAUGGCAGGGGAUGGAUGAUAUGGUGGUUCCACCAUCAAUGACCGAUUACGUGCAUCGGAUCCUACCAGGAGCUGCAGUUCAUAAGCUCCCAUAUGAAGGCCAUUUUACCUAUGUAUAUUUUUGUGACGAGUGCCACAGACAGAUAUUUACUACCCUCUUUGGAACCCCACAAGGCCCGCUGAACAAUUCCAGUCCCAUAGAUCAAACCUGCUUUGAAUGUGACACAGAAGAUCUUGAAGCUCAAACCGUCGAUUAUUCUGCCACUGAAUAAGAGGUAACUGUUGUAGUUCACUAUAGGUAAUGUAAAUACCACACAAUUGCUCUGUUGCUCCUCCAGCAGGUACAAAGGAGAAAGAAAGUUAUAGUUUUCAUUUUCAUUUUUUUUUUCUUUUGCCCAAUUGCAUUUCCGAGUUUAUGGGUAGGGUAGUUAAGGGUCUAGAGAACAUGCUCUCAAAGGGGCAAAUUAUUCCCUGCAAUAGGAGUAUUACUGAAUCAGACUCUUCUGAUUCUUAAACUUCGAUUACAUUUUUAAGUUGCUUGGAUGUCUCGUUGAACACAAGACAAUAGAAUAAAAAUGCAAUUCAUAAUGCUGUAA